AUGUCCGACCUGAACUGCAUUUCUACCCCUUCGUCAUCAUCCAUCAACUCUGUUUCGUCCGGCGCCUCGCACCUAGUUGAACCCCGGUUCCGUUUAGCUUGCGAAGAGUGCCACCUCCGCAAGAUUCGUUGUGAGCCGUCGCUCGCAGGCCCUGGAGGCAGCUGUGAAGCGUGCAGGCUCAAUCAGCGGCGCUGCCUCUUUUCCCUUCGAAGCAAAAUUGGGCGACCACGCAAACAGACAUCCUCAUCGGCCAACCAAAAGGAAUUUGAGCAUAAGAGCCCCAUCUUGUCCACUGCCGGCGGGUAUGCUCAGCAGAACGCUGCCAUCCAGGUGUUUCCAUCAUUAGAUGACACCCAUCCCAACCCGAAUACUGCACGGCAUCUAGAUAUGUCACCACAGAGCCGGGCAAAUGAUUCCCGUCGCCCGGUUGCAGAGGACUCAGCGCUGUGGGAGAAACCCACAUGGCACUCAAAUCCGAAAAUCCCUACAGGCAGCUCGGUUAACGCACUACGCACAGGAUACGUCUCCGAAGACAACACGACGAGGUCCGGUGCCGGAGGGGAGCCCUUUGGGCAGUUAAUUAAUCAAAACUCCAUUGGUGCACAAGUGGGACUCUUCAUGUCGGACCUGGCGCAGACAGCCGACUCAAUACAGACAGAUGCACUCAUGAUGGAGAGUUGGUUCAUCGGGGACAAUACCGUAGACAAUUCCGAAAUUGACGUCGAGCAGGGCUUCAGGGAUGCACUGAAGCUGUACGGCGAACUUCACAGCCACUGUAAGACCGGAUCUCUCAAUAUACUCGAUAAGAAUGACCAAGAGGAGCUCUGUUCCAUCUUCCGAGUCUUCGACGAGCUCAACCACAAUACGUCCAUGCUGCAAAAUGAUUUGUCAACGCAGCAGCAGCGAACAGACGAAUCCAAAUGGAGGAUCAUUCGCGUAGCGGUGACGGAGGCAAUCGAGAUGUGUAUCGGGGUAGUUCAGUUUAAUCUUCGACUUCACAAUUCCCCCAGACCCGUGAGGUGCCCUCUGGAGGAGUCCUGCUCGACCGGCUCCGCGAAUGUCGCGGGAUGCAACUGUCUCGCUUCCCAGGAUGACCAACGACUGGGUAUCCAGCUUAAGGGUCUUAUGCUACUCAUCCACCUGGACUACUCACUAGUCCGAUUCCGGUUCUUCAUCUCCAAGCUGGAUUGUUUGCAUGGUGGGGAUCGCUCGAUGCAAGGGCCAAAGCCUCAGCAAAUGUGCAAAUGCUGGUCUACAUCAGUGCCGGAGAUUGACACAAUCCGCUCCCAGGUUUCUGGGUUGGUGGAGAGAGUGCGAAGCUUGUGGGACUAG